GCGAGAAACGAUGGUGAUUAUACGAGUAAGUUUCGACCGCGUCGAUAUUUAUGACAUUCAAUGAAAUCAUCGUAUCCGAACGAUUUUAAUUAGUGUCCGCGAGUACAAUUUUCUCAUCGAGACUUGAGACUCAUCUGGAGUGGAUUGAUAAAUUACCAAUGAUGCAACCCGUACACACCGAAAACAACAACUCCGCCUUCGACAUGGAAUCUCUCGAGGAGAUGCUUCGCAAGCUCUCGGAGCUCGAACAGCGGGUGUUAGAGGCGGAGGGCAGGGCGGAUGAAGCUGAAGACAAGGUACGGAUGAUGGAGGAGCGGCUAGUGAAGGGUGAGUACUGCCUCAGCACAUCCGGCGUUGGUUCUCCGCCGCACUCGCUGCCGUCGACCUCCGGUACGCAGAAUGACAAGAUCGAGGAGGUCCAUUGUGCCUGUAUUUCAAAGCUAGAAACUCAAGUCGAGGAACAGAGGCAAUUACGGUUGCAUGACGCCAGGCAAGUGGAAGCGAAAGCAGCGAGGAUAAAAGAAUGGGUCACUAAUAAGUUGAGGGAACUGGAACAACAAAAUCAACACCUGAGGGAACAGAACAACAAGUGUAACCAGCAACUCGAAUUGUUGCGCAAUCAUAUAACUAAUAUCGGACUUAAACCUCCCGCACCAACGAGAGCGUCAUUGUCCUUGGAAGUGGAUCCCACCUUGCGUAUCGAUCGCAGACGAUCGGAGAGCUUAGAGGGUACCCCGCAAACGGUACCGGAGUCCGUGCAGAAUACUGUAGCGGAACCGCAAACGAGUACGAAGCACCGGAGACAUUUGUCCGCUUGCGGUAACAUCCAACGAGGAGUCGCGACCGCCAACAUGGACUCGAGUCUACUGUCCGAGGAGCUAGCCGCAGCGGUGGAAAACCUGGUGAUGUUGCCAAAUAUGUCUGGUGUUUCGGAGGCCAGCCGAGACAGCGGAAGCUCGGAAGCGGUGCACGACUAUGCCGAAAUAUAUACACCUAGUCGAGAGGGCAUGAACUGGCUGCAAGGAGGCGGACAAGGUCCUCGUCCGCCGACUCCACCAUUACAUAGGUUUCCUAGCUGGGAGGCGAAAAUAUAUCAAGUAGCGGACGGUGGCCUUGGCAUCGGGCCACCGACAAAUGAGGAAUCCGCACCUUCCACGAUGACCACCACGACGAGUUCGUCGAAGCAUUCUCAGGCCACAGGACACAACUUGACAGCGCACAAUUCUCAAGGCUACUGCGAUAUUUCUGUUCCAGUAUAUGCUACUGUCAAAGGACGUGCCAGUCAAAUCAGAUCUAUGCCUUUCGGCGAUAGCUCUGAUGAUAGUUCGGACGGCGAGGAACAUCCGAAUCAAACCGAAACUAAUACUAGAAUUACCAAUAGCUCAUCCGACAAUACGGAUUCCUCCCUCGGUAGCGGAAGCAGUCCUUCGAAAAGUAUUAAAACAACCAGUAGCCUCAGUCCCGCAAAAAGAAGUUCUAGCGGAUCUCCUAGUAAAAGCGUAAAACGUGAUACUUCUCUGGAGUCAGGUUUAUCCGAGGAUUAUGCAAUACCUCCUGAUGCACUAAGUUCGACAUCUCUAGAAUCUAGUAUGCCUAGCCUUCUAAUGCGCGUUUCUGGCGAAAGUCCAAAGAGACAGGAAUCACUGGAGAAGACGGGUCAUCUAGCGAAAUUAGGCGGCAAGUUAAAAACUUGGCGGAAGCGAUGGUUUGUACUGAAAAACGGUGUAUUAACGUAUUGGAAGAGUCAAAAUGAUGUCAACCGGAAACCUCAAGGCCAAAUAAUCUUGGACGAAGUGUGCAGAAUCAAUAGAGCUGAAGGAGCUGCCACUUUUGAAAUAGCUACAGGUAAGAAAACCUAUUACUUGACUGCCGACUGCAUCGCCACGAUGGAAGACUGGAUAAGGGUGCUGCAAAACGUGCAGAGGCGAAACGCAACAAAACUUUUGCUCAGCAGGGAAGAUAAUAAACCAACGAUACAGGGUUGGUUGACGAAGGUGAAAAACGGCCACGCGAAAAAGUGUUGGUGUGUGCUUAUCGGCAAGAUGUUCCUUUACUUUAAGUGCCCCAGUGAUACGAAUCCUAUCGGCCAAAUCAAUAUGAGAGAUGCUCGAGUGGAGGAAGUAGAACAUGUUUCGGAUAGUGACAGUGAGGAGAGAGAUGCCGAGUGCCCACACGAAAGAACAAUUGGCAUCUUUCCGACACAUCAGGGUCCAACUUAUUUACUGAUGCCACAUAAACAGGACAAGGACAAUUGGCUCUACCACUUGACAGUGGUGUCAGGAGGUGGACCGAGCGCGGGCACACAAUAUGAGCAACUGGUGCAAAGACUAAUGGAAACUGACGGUGAUCCCAGUUGUGUGCUAUGGCGGCAUCCCUUACUGUUACAUACGAAAGAGAGCAUCACGAGUCCGCUGACGAGCCUAACCUCCGAAUCUCUGCAAACCGAAGCCAUAAAACUCUUUAAGGCCUGUCAGCUGUUUAUGUCGGUGGCAGUAGAACAAGCAGGUAUCGACUACCAUGUGGUACUAGCGCAAAAUGCAUUACAACAAUGCCUAGAUCAGCCUGAACUUCAAUCUGAAUUUAUAUGCGCACUGGUAAAGCAGACAAGUCGUCACACCCAACACCGUUUGGGCGUACAGCAGCUCCUCCUCUGCGCCACGCAAUCGCUCUUCACCUGCGAUACGCAAAGUCCCGCGGCAAAUGGCAGCGGUGAAAAUGCGGACGCGCAAUCAACGGCCUCGACUUCUCACAGUCCUCCGCUCACGCAGGGCCACUCGACCUCCACUAUCUUGGACUGCAAAACUAAUCCCGCGCAGUAUGUGCUUAUCCAGGGAUGGCAGCUCCUGGCACUCGCCGUUUCCCUCUUCCUGCCCAAAAAUAAUCGACUACUAUGGUACCUGAAACUGCACCUGCAGAGAAACGCCGAUAGCAAAACGGAAUGCGGCAAAUAUGCGGCUUACUGUGAGAGAGCUUUGGAGAGAACAUUGCAGAACGGUGGUAGAGAAGUAAAACCGUCAAGAAUGGAAGUACUUUCAAUACUUAUGAAAAAUCCAUACCAUCAUUCAUUGCCACACGCCAUACCAGUUCACUUUCUGAAUGGCACCUAUCAGGUUGUGAGUUUUGACGGUAGUACUACAAUAGAAGAAUUUCUGAAUACUUUGAAUCAAGAAAUUGGCUGUAGGGAUGUUCAUCAAUCCGGUUUCACGCUAUUCAGUGAUGACCCGAUCGAAAAAGAUCUGGAACAUUUCAUCGACCCAGAAGCGAAGCUGUGUGACAUUAUCUCAAAGUGGGAGACAGCGUUACGAGAAAAAGGUUCGGGAAAAUUCGAGAAUACUAGAGUGAUACAAUUAACGUACAAAUCUCGUUGUUACUGGCGGCAAGCUGCUAAAAUGGAAACCGACAAAGAGAGGCUCUUGUUGUGUUAUCAAGUGAAUCAACAAGUUGUGCAAGGAAAGUUUCCGUUAAAUCGUGAACUCGCAUUUGAAUUGGCAUCGUUGAUGGCACAGAUUGAUUUUGGAGAAUACAACAAUGAUAAAGCACGUGGAAGCGGUCCUGGAAGCAAUCCGCAUCAUCUCGUACUCCAAGCUCUGGAUAAAUUUUAUCCAAUACGCUAUCGAGCAAACAUUACCGCCGAUCAAUUGAGGGAAUUGCAGGAGAAGCUACAGGAAAAGUGGAUUGCUUUAAAAGGACGUAGCGUAUUGGAUUGUGUUCGUAUAUAUCUCACAUGCACCAGAAAGUGGCCUUUCUUCGGAGCUACCUUAUAUCAAGCAAAGUUGAAGCAAGGCGAUUCUGUGACAGUUUGGAUAGCGGUUUCCGAGGACAGUGUAACGUUGCUUGAAUUACAAACAAUGGCUAUCAUGUGCCGAUAUAAUUAUGCAAAUAUAGUAACGUUCGGUGGUUGUUUAGAUGAUUUCAUGCUCGUUGCUUGCCCAGACGAGGGUGCAGCCGAACAGAAAUUGUUGUUCGCACUCUCUAAACCCAAAAUUUUGGAAAUAACAUUAUUGAUCGCUGAUUAUAUGAACGCACUGGGCCACGCAUUACCGGGUACUCCACAAAUGAAUACUCUAACACGCAAUGGAUCACACCGAUCUAUCAAAUCCACUCUAAGACCUGCGACUGGUUCAAGCUGUCUUCCAACUCAACCUGAUAUAUUGAAAUCUACGCCAGAUCACCAAAGACCUUAAAAUUGCAUCGCGUUAAUUUUUCGGAAAGACAAUGAGAAUGUUCCUUGGAUUUGCGCCAAGAUCUGAUUACGAUAAAUAUUUUGUUUGUCGUUUGUACUAUAUAAAAGCAGCGUAACAGUGCAGUAUUAGUAUCGUACACUGCGAUGUGCGGUGCAUUGUUUUUUUUUUUUUUUUUUUUUCUCGAGAAGUCGCAAACCUGUUCAAAUCAUGUUUACGUUUACGUCGUAUGUGCAUGUAAAUUAGUAUUGACGCUUAUAAAAAUGUAUUUGUGUAAAUAUUUAAUAAUAAGCGUAACAGGUAACCACGAA